AUGGGGAGCCAUAUGGUGCUGACAACCCUGGAGGCUUGUAACAGGGAACCAUUUCAGAGACCAAAUUACUAUAUCAUUUAUAUUCAUGGCUAUGCAUUAUUACGUCUAUGCCCGACUGAAAGAUAUUACAUACCACAGCUAUGUCGGUGCGUUCCGCUGCGUCUCCCAGUUUCAGCCCCAUCUGGUCAACCCAAAGCUGAUAUAAGACCAGAACGGCGCUCUCCCACUACAUUCCUCCCAGUAACCAUAGAGGAGCGUCCACAUUCAACUCCGCUGGUCACAACAGUCAAUCCUUUGGUAACAAAUUCGUUUGACUUGUUGGGAGGGGGAUUCAACCCACAAGACACUGACACAAAAUUAUCAAAAAGCUCGAAAAGAAAAACAAGUCGUCAUCUUCUGCAACAUCAGACAAAUUUAUCAAAUCCAUCAACAAAAUCAUCAACAAAAACAUCUUUUAUGUUGUCUUCCAAGGCAUCCACAAAGAAGGAAAGACGGGUCCAAUCACCACCAUUCAAGAAAAAUAAAGGGGUUACCAAAAUCAGAAACACAAGAAAACCUUCAGAGCUAAAGCAAACACAUAUAUCAGAUGUUCAUGAUAAAAAACACGAAAAGCUUUGCAAUCCCUACUUUACUUUCGUGUUUGACAAAACCUUUUUGUCCGUGGAUAAAAGUAUGCCUUCCUUCCCCAGCAACACAAUUCGAUUCCUUCGAGAACCUGGAAGCACGGGUCAAACUUCCGCUUACUUGGAUGGGGACGGGAUAGUCACUGUAUGGGGAAUGAGCUAUAUCACAUUUGCCGUCACUUUCAAAUUUCUGGUACGUUUCAAGCUCUCGCGGAAUUACCCGUACGAAGACAAGUUCUACAGUUUGAUUUCUGACGGACCCUGCGAAGAGAGUAUACCACAAUACAGCAUAUCUGUCAAUCCAGUGCGGCGAGAAAUACGCUCCUUUAUGGCACUGAGAAAGAACGAUGUAAUGGAGCUCCUUCUAACAGAUGUGGAUUUGACCGACUGGAUAACAGUGUCAUUGCAAGCUAAAGAUGGUGAAAUCGCAUUGUUUACUGAUAAAAGACAAGCCACUGGUGAAAUAGGAGCUUCAACGUUUAAAUCUUUUUGUCCAAUGGAAAUUGGUAAAAAGUAUCAGCCAUACCAGGGCUUCAUCGGUUACAUCGACAUGGUUCAGUUCCACAACUGCUUUUGA